AUGGAUAACAUAGAAGAAGAGGAAACCGCCAAAUUGGAUGAGGAAAACGGGAAAAUGAAAUGUACAGGAACCACCACGAAUUGCACUGGGGAGUUUUCAGCCCAACCAAAUGACAGCCAAGAAAAAGUUUGUUACAUGGAAGAAAAGGACACUCACGAAGGUUAUACCAAUCGUAGUGCUAACUGUGAUAUGCCAACAGACCAGCCGUUCGAUACGUCGGUUAUCGACCAUGGGGGUGAAGAAACAGGAAGCAUGAUUCAUGAAGAGGAGGAUAAGCACGAGUGUGACGGCGCAGACAGAGAGGAAAAUCGCAAAGUCAACAAUGAUAUCCUCUGCGAGGAAAUUAAAGCCCAGCCAAAAGAUGAAAACGCGUCUUCACACAUGAGGGGCAGCAGCAGUUGGGGGUUGUUCUAUCCGGCGGAAAGUUGCCCAUGGGGAGAAGCAGGCGUGGCAGCCAUGGCAGCUGUGGCAGGUGGAACGGCUCAAAUGGGCCACACAGGCGAAGCAACCCAAGCAUCCCCUAAUCGGAGCACUCGCCAUGCGGGUGAACGGGAGGAAAAAUUAAGCACAAAUUGCACAUGCACGAGGGACAACGUGUACCUGGGACACCACCAGCAGAGUACACAAAGUGCUCACAUGCAUAACCAGGCCAAGGAGGAAGAGAAGGAGGGUGAGGACGGGUAUUGCAAAAUUGGUACCCAUCCAACAGUGAGCGCUAUCCGAGUGGAGACCACAUGCAGGAACGACCCAAAUAAUGAUUCUGUUAGAAUUGCCAACAACUUUGGCGCGUGCAAGCAGGGAACUGAAAAAAGGAAAGAGGAAAUAUUCGACGGAGGGGAUGAGGAAGGUGAAAUUGUGUGCACGGAGGGAUAUGAGAGAAUAGGUGCGCUAAGAACUCAGGCCACAUUAGGGGAUAGGACCGAUGCCAUAAUAGGGGCUAGUGGAGAUGUUAUAAAAGGGACUAGUGGAGAUGUUAUAAAAGGGGCUACAGGCGAUACCAGAAUAGCAGCUAGGAGCGAGGCCUGGAGCAGAACCCUGGGGAAAACCCCAAGCACUGACCAAAGAGUUGGUGAAAUGAGCAACCUGAGCCAUAACAGCAGCAAGUACACACAAAGUGCGUUUAGGAAGAAUACUAACAAAAUAAAUAACGAUUAUCACUUAGCUAAUGAGGAAAUAGGUCAGAACAAUGUGAUUAUAAAAAAAAAAACAAUUACCCAAGAGGGUGUACUGUGCAGUACACCUCCAAGUGCGCAGGAUAUACCAGAUGAGAACUCCCUUAUUAACAGAACGCCAAAUUACACAAUUGGCCAAAAUAAUUUGUUCAAUGUCACAGCAACUUCCGACCUGCGCAGUGAUAACAGUAGGGGUAGCGGUGAGAAGGGUGAAAAGGGGGGAAAGGGGGACAGUACUAUACUCAUUGGUGACUUCGAAGAACACGCUCGCAUUGUUGACGAGCAGAAUUGCACAAACAGCACUCUAGUGGGUAGCGCCGAAGAGUUUAUAACGGUUUGGGCCAGUGAAAAAUCAUGUGCAAGGCCUCAUGUAAAAUCGCAUGUACAAUCGGAUGAAGCAUCUGAUACUCCGCUCGAUGUGGCAUCGAGGAGUACCAUCCGUGCACACCCCGACGACGACCAGUCGAAUCUUAAGCCCGAUGAAAAUCGAAGGAGAAAAGGAACUUGUCGCAGGGAAAGGGUAAAAAUAAAAAAAAAACAACAUUUUUUAAAUAUCAGCAGGGGGAGUAACACAAUAGGAAGAAGAACAAACUUAUCCUUUGAGCAUCACCAUUACCAGUCGUUUUUUCACCCCAAGGGAACAUCUGCAACGCCAAGUACAGCCAAAUAUGAUAGACUUCGAGGAGAACACCUUACUCCUAACCAUAGUAGUCCUACACAGGAGAAGGAUAAUGUGAAUAAAACUGACCAUGAUGAGUUGGAGGAAUACAAAAUGCUUGUUCAACAUUCUGAGAAAGGAAAAACAAUUACUGAGAAUUGCCAAAUGGACAGUAGCGACAUGAUUGAGUUAAUUAUAAAAUCACAUGUGCGUCGCACAUCGUCCAGAGAUGAAAGUGUGCAACAAGCCGACGUCCAUGCGAAUGUGUGUGCUGUUGAAAAUAAUCCCAGAAGCAAGGCCUGUUACGUACCUAAUGAAGAAGCGAAGCCUGCACACUCGGAGGAGCAAAGUGGAACGGAACAGGAAGAACCCCCAAGUGGAAUGUUACUCCCUGAAGGAGCGUUCCCCCAUGGCCAUAUAACAAACCAUGGAAGGCAAACUUUUGUGAACAGAAAGACAAAUGAGCUGUUAUAUGAUAAGGACGAAAUAGAGGAGGGUGUUGAUAAUGUUGAAAAAGGCUAUGUCCAGAGAUCCCAUUUGAGGAGCAGUGUGCAUGGUGAAAAAGAAAGCGCCAUGUUGAUGAGGCUGACGAUCCCGGUGAGCACAACCCCGCAGGUCGGUCGAGUGACCAGGAUGAGCAGUUUAAAAAGGGCCCAGGCAAACAAAGGGAAAGACUUCACCAAGAGUAUUGAUCAUAAUUUUGUAUUAGGAAAAUUUUCAAAGGAAGGUGAAAGCAUUAAGGGAAGGCACCAUGAUUCGAAGAAGGGGUUAUCGAGUAACGCAUGCUUGUCGUCGUCGGAAGGUAGUGAUGGGUGUAUCGAUGCGGAUGAUCAAUAUGAUGGCCAUAACGGUGUAGUGCUGGAUAGGACCGCUAUUAGCCAGGGCUUCCCCUCGUCGCUCAUCCGGAGCAGUGGGCCAGAAUGGAAAAAUGGCUCCCCAAUUAAUAGCCGCAAGUACGAUGAGAACACUAAGAGUGAACGAAGCGACGUCCAUGGAUACAACAUGGUCGGGAGGUUCCGUGGGGAAGGAGAAGCAGCCCCUCUCGUAAGGGAGGGAAGAAGAAAGCACCCAAAGUAUUACAAAGAGGCAUGUGAAGAUUCGAGCGAAAGUCACAUGAUAAGUAACAAUUGCCACGAAAAGGCCCAUAAGAAUAAGGAAGACUAUCACAACCGGGGCGUGCACCGCGAGUACACAUUUGGACACAGUAGACAAAGAAGGCCGGGAAGGGAAGGAAAGCAGACCCAACCAUAUCGGACAAAUCGACCAAGUGAUGCCCUUUCUGCUGAUGUGAAGAGCAAAUGUGAGACGAGGCAGGAGGCGAUAUCGGGAAGAAAUGGAAGAAAUUACGUGAACAAGCCAGAAAUAAAAGUGGAACAAUUCAGACUGCACAAUGGCAUACAAGGAAAGGGUAGGAAUAGGGACAAUAGCACACUCGAUGAUGAAUUACACCAGUGGACAAUGGAAGGAGGUGGUGGUCACGCCGAUGACGACAGAAAGAACCUCCAAGGUGGACCCAAGGAUGAUAGGAGGAGAAAAAAUAUGUUCCUUGUGAAUGGGCGGCACAGAAUUAAGCACGUGGAAGGGACGUGGAAUAAUGAUAAGUGGUGUGUGGACACGAGCGGGAUGAUGAAAUUGCGGGGAACGCAAAGUAGGAAAAGGGAUGAAAGAAGAGAAAGAAAUGGGAGCAGGGGGGAACAGGACAAAUGCGCUCGCAAUGACGCUGAUAGCGACGACAGUGUGGGGCCAUUUGGCAGGCGAACUGAUCGGUCCGUGCAUGGCAACCAUCUCGAGGAUGGACAAGGUUAUAACGAUGUGGGAGACCAAGUUGCUGGUCAAGCUACUAGUGAAGGUGGUGGCGAAGUGGCAGAGGAAGAGGACCAGGAAGACCCAAGUCAUUUGUGUGAAAUACAGAGACACAUAGACUACAUCAUGCAAAAUGAUGAUAUAGACUUUUCCCGGAUAAGCAUAAAGCCCAGCAAGAAAUACGUAAAAAUUAAUUUGUUUAUCGACCGGUACAUACUGAGCUAUAAUGAACUUCAGAACAGCGAGCUUCUGUUCUGCUUUGGAGAAUCCAGUGAAGAAGACGUAAUGACGAGGAAGAGGAGCUCCAUGAAGGAAGGAGAUUACGAUGGAGAUGAUGAUAGCCAAAACGAUGCACUUAUGAUGUGUGCAAGAAAAAAAAAUGGAAUUUCAUCAUACAAGAAAAAAAACAAGCAACAAAAGAAUAGGAAAAUAAAUUAUAAUGCGAUUGACACCAUGUGGCAACCACACUUCCAUCCACACAACAAAGAAUUUAGAGUGAGGUACAGGUACAAAGGAAGCAUGAGAUUGAAGACGAUCUCUUGUAAACACUAUGGUUAUGUAUUUAGUAAAAAAAUAUCAAUCCUGUUUUUGUUCAGAUGGUUACUCUGUGGUAAGUACAUCGCAGAGAAAACGAAAAGGUCCAGGCUGAGCAUCACCGAUAUUAAUGAUUGUAAUUUAUCUGACCUUCUCUCUAAAAAGCGAAAUAAAAAUAAUGGGUACAUGACUGACGAGGAAUGGAAAGCGAUGGAAGAAAAAAAAAGUAAAGAAUUUUAUGACCACGUACAUAAGAUAAAUGACUUCUUCAUGAGUAAUUACAAGGACGAUACUUUUUUAAAAAAAUUGCAGGUGAUCAUUAACAGCUGUGAUAAGCAAUUUAGGAAAGAGGAGAUAUUGAAUAUACUGAAUCAGUGCCUGCGUGAUAAGUUGAUCAGUGAGCGACGCAGAGAUUCUCUGUUGCGGCGCGACAGCGCAGUUGACACUUCUCUGAGCAAAGCGCACAGUGCAGGGAACACACUUAGCGGCCCGAUCAACGUUCAUCCCAGCGGCCGAAGAGACCAAAGCCGUGACCUCAGGCAGGGACACGUGCCCCGUUUGAGUGCCCUCCCUGUGAACACUAAAAAGAGGAAGCGGACAUUCAACACAAGCGCUGAAUUAUACUCCAAGGAAAACAUGGAUGAGGGGAGCAUCAAUCAUAGUAGCAGUGGAAGCAGUGGAAGCAGUGGCAGCAGUAGAGGGGGCAAUGAGGAAGAUGGUGAUAGACCGGGCCAUAUCAUUAGUAACACCGUUGGAGACAGCAUGGGGGAGGUCAGCUUUACCAGAAACAAGAGGAAGAAGGAAUCCUUUUUUCGAACAGCCAAUGGAAGAACAAGAAGUGGUGAAGGGGCCAACGUCGAUGGAGCACAAGUGAGCAAUAAGGACGAACAGAACGCCAUGUGCAGGGGAAGAUACAGCAGAAAAAAUGAAACAGAUACAGAGACAGGAAAUAAUGGGCAAACGCUUUACCAUGUAGGAGUUACCAACACUGGAAUGAACUACCCGCCCGUCCCUUAUGUUGAAACGGAAGUGAGUGAUGAAGGUGGGACAAAAAUGGGUGAUCGCUCCCGAAGCAGCAAUCCACAAGUGUGUAAAAGCAACACGGUAAUUGUGGAUCGAGGGGUGCAUAUUGGUCAUAUGGAGAAUGCAUACGAGGGGUGUGGUGGUGAUGGGGUUUUUCCCCCAAGGAGCGGAAAAUUGCAGCCACAUGGGAAUGACGCCAAUAAUAGAAGAAGAAGCGGGCGCGCCGGAGCGGACUCCAUCCCUUCGAACCCCCCAGACAGUACUAACCCCCUUGCCAGCUACCCGUCCUACGAAGACCUGGAGAAGCUAUCCAAUACGGAAGAAAUAAGAGAAUAUUACAACUCGCUCAUAGAGCUGAAAAAAUCCCUGUACAUUAAAAGUCAGCACGGAGACGUCGAUGACCAGGUGAGAUACGCAAACAUUAAUGACCAUUUUAUGGAGCUCCUGAAUAAAGAGUCUCGCAAGAGCAGUAGCAACAUUAGUAGUGGUAGACACAAAGGAAAUUCCAAUCAUUCCAUGGAUCCUCAAGAUACAAAACCGUAUGACGCAUUUCUCUUUGCCAUUUAUUAUGCCAACCGUAAAAAUGCUUCAGCGGGAGGAGCAGCAGCGGGAACAGCCGUGAGAACAGCCGCAGCAGCGGGAGGAGGAGAACGAAGUGGUAUGUCGCCCCAUAGUGUAGGUGAUGCCAUAACAACCCCUGGCAAAAAGCCCUUAUCUCCACCCACACACGAUGAAACCAAUACUCCACCUGAGCAGAUGCAGAAAAUCGAUUUUAACAUGGAACAAAAGAAGCAAGAACUGGUAACGGAGCUCACCUACUCGCCGCCCUUCCUAGAGGAAAAUAAUUAUCUCAAUGCUUACCCUAAUUUGAAUAAUAUAAAUAGCUCGAAGAAAAUAAGUAAUGUGUCCACGUGUCCUAGUUUGGUUGUAAGUAGCUACUCCGCGGGGAAGCACACACAAGGUGAUAAAAAUAAUAUGUUGUCUUGUUCCGUAUCUAAUGAAAGGAAUAAAAUUGGGACAGACGUCACCACAGAGGAAAAAUUAGACUAUGUGAAGGAGCAGUUAAAGAGGAAAUCAUUCAACAGGGCCGACUCGAAAGAACUGUUUAACUCGUGUGCAGAAAAGUAUUCCCCGUUGAUGUUUUCCAAGAGGAAUGUAUUUUUGAAGCAUGUGCGGGAAGAUGGGCACGAGGCGGAGGGGCAAAGUAUGCAGGGAAGUGAAAAGGGUACUGCAGAAGAGAACCAUCAUGAGUUGCUCUCCCUGGGGGACGCUUCUACACAGCCCUACACAUUUAUGGACCGACACAACAAUGUCCCUUUAGACAAGUACAGAAAAGAUUUGAGCCACAUGUGUGAUGAUGAGAACGAGCUUAGGGUCCUUCCCGUGCGGGAACAAAUCAUCCUGGAGAAGGAAAAGAAGGUGACAUGCGUCGACGGUCGUAACGAACAACAGCAUGCGUAUAGGGGGAAUCCUCGAGAGCUUGUCUUCUUCCCCUCACAAAGGGGUAAGUCAGGGGAAGGUGGCUGCUCACAGGGUAGAAAUGACCAAACGAGAGAAGAAGAGGUGCAAGCAGAACGAGAGGCAGAAAUGGAUAAUGCAGAGCCACUUGGAAGUUUACGAGAAAGAAAUGAUCUUGGGGAUGAAAACAUGAAGGACAUAAUUGACAUUCUGGUGAAGAGCAAAUAUCUGCGAGAGUCCAUGUACGACGAUUCCCUCAGUAGCAACGUCGAGUGCUCACAUGAACGAGGAAGAAGUAACUCACGCUGUUUGUAUUGUGCCUGUAUAGCUAGCCUCAAUGGUAGGGGCGUAGAGGUGCAAAAGGAAGACAAUUGCACGGCUGACAAGGAUUACAAAUACCUUGUGGAGGAUGCGCUGAAAGGAGGUGAUCACAAGGAUGGAAAUCUUGACCGGGGCAAAGACAACGUGGAGAGGCACCACCACCCCUCAUGCGAUGGAGAAGAAAAUAAUUUGUGCAAUUCGUCCUGCCAGCACUGCAUCUUUUAUACUAAAUUGUUAAGGCUGUUAAGACAAAAUAAAAAGGAUGCCGAAAGGGGAAAGGGGUAUGGAAUGAAUAAGGAGUGUGACAAGGUAGAUACACACAUCAGCAACUAUUUAAAUAACAUGGAGGGUAGCAGUUUGAUGGGAGAGGAAAUGUUGAAAAAGCAAGUGAGUGGUGGCAACAACAUGCCUCCCGCCCAGUUGUGCAAUCGUAUUUUUACCUAUCUGAUGCAAAAGGGAGGGAGCGAACGGCUCGCUCAUGGUAGCGCAAAGGACAUGCCUGGUCGGAGUGAACAGCAUCACGGAGGAAUGGAAGACGGAAGAAUGAAUGGCCGAGCAAUGGAGGAUGCAGAAGUGGAAAAGGGCCAGAAGCAACACGCCGUGGCUGAUGCUAUGAGGAGCGGUAGAGCCAGCAAGAGGACGAAGAGAGAGAUUAUUAGUGCCUUUUUACAGGACCUCUUUAAUUCUCUUCCCAGCGACGACCUGGAUGUGCAGUGCAGCGCGAGCUUGUCUCAUUACAUGGAAGAGAUCAGGACAGGCACUCAUGACGCAGGAGAAGAUGAAAACGGUGAGUUCGCCAACAAUGAUGGGGAGAACACCCAACGGUAUGACUACCCCUACGACGGCGUGCGGAACUUCCCCCGCAGUGUCGCCCCGAGAGACCAAUUUGAGAGAGCACCCCUACGCACCAUGCCAUACGCCAAAACAAACACAGAACGAAAAAGAGAGAGCAGCGAGUUUGCUAGGAAAUCACAAACGAAUGAAUUCCUCCCCCUUCCUCAAAAACAGACCCACUUCAUAAUGAACAAGAAUAACCUUCAAUUAAUAACAAAUUUUAUUAACGACGUUAAGGUAAAGAACUACAUUACGUGUUCAGAGAUGAAGGACGACCAUAGGACCUUCCACGAUAGGCAAAACAGCAUCGCGGAUUAUAUUCUUCCCCAGCAAAGCAAUAAAAGUGUUAGCUUGCAGAAUAAGAAGAAUGAUUUGAACGGUAAGAAUGAUAAGACGCAAAAUGGGCAUGCCAAUGAGGAUAAUAAUUACGCAGCACACGAAAGAGAAAGCGAAGGUGAAAGCGAAAAAGACGUCUUAGGCCCUUAUACACGAAAAGCCCUAAAUGAGAAAAGGUUUGAAAUAACAAGCCAUGAAAAUGUGAACAACUUAUUCAUCGCCGACUCGAUAAAUAAUAACGUCGUGAAAGGGAAGGGGUGA